AUGGCCAGGAAGCGUGGCCACGAUGAGCUGGCAUUGGCUUCGACGCCCGUCGUCUCCCCGGCGAAGCGGUCGCGCACGACCCCGCCGGACGGUUUAGAGACGGAGCCUGACGGUGGUGCUGAUGCUGCCGAUCUCGCCGCGGAGACGAAGACGGAGACCAGCUCUGACUCCGACACAACCAGCAGCAGCUCGCUCAGCUCGGAGGAGGAGGAGCUUUCCAGCGAAGAAGAGGAAGAUGAAGAAGAGGAUGACGAUGAUGAGGAAGACGAAAGCGACGAGGAGACCUCGUCUGAGAGCUCUUCAUCAUCCUCAUCAUCCUCCUCAGACGAGAACGACGAUGAAACCGACCUAGAGAAUCCAGCAGCAACCAGCGCAGCCUUGAAGGGGACUGGCGACGCCAACAAUAAUGAUAACGAACAAGAGGACGAGCCCAUUCCGUUCGUGUCCGGACGACCCAAACCACGAAUCCAGCGCGUGCAGAGGUCCGGCCUCCUCUCGCGCCUCUCGUCGUUCUUGCCGCGGCUAAAGGCCGCAAAUGAAGAUCUCGAGCGGGACAUCGCCAGCGGAAGAGCGCAGGACGUGGUCGUGGACGAUGUGAAGGAUGAUGAGGGACAGUAUAUUGAAAUGAAUUUGGGUUUGGGAGUUCUGGAAGAAAAGAAGAACAACGGCCACGAUAGCGACAGUGAGAAGAACUUGGAAGAAGGCUCUGAGAAAUCAUCUACGGCAGCUCAAGAGGAGACCCAUGUUCUGGAUCGACUGAUGGGCAACAGAGCCCGAGAGAAGAAGCAAAAACCAGGCAUCGAGGAAGUAGACUGA